CCAGGCCUGAGAUGUCGAUAACAGAACGUUUGACUAGUGGUUUGUUUUCGGCACGGCCUACUUUGUGUGUCAAAAUGACAAUGGUUUCGUUUUAUUAACUGUACAAUUUAAGUAUUUGGUCUCGUCUAAAACACAAUUAUUUGGCUGACGGCUAAAUACCGCCAGAUCAUGGACCUGCCCAUUAAACCUGGCGCCAAUCAAGUGGCAGACGUGGUGUUUGUCAUCGAAGGAACUGCAAACCUCGGCCCCUAUUUUGAAUCCCUCAGAAAACAUUACAUACUACCUGCAAUCGAGUACUUCAAUGGAGGCCCUCCAGCAGAGACAGACUUUGGAGGAGAUUAUGGAGGCACACAGUAUGGUCUUGUUGUGUUCAACACAGUGGACUGUGCUCCUGAAUCCUACGUCCAGUGUCACGCACCAACCAGCUCAGCCUUUGAGUUUGUCUCGUGGAUUGACAGCAUCCAGUUCAUGGGAGGAGGAGCAGAGAGCUGUAGUCUCAUCGCAGAGGGUCUGUCUGUGGCCUUGCAGCUCUUUGAUGACUUCAAAAAGAUGAGGGAGCAAAUAGGUCAGACACACAAAGUCUGUGUGCUGCUGUGUAACUCUCCGCCAUACCUGCUCCCUGCCGUGGAGAGUGUCAGCUAUACGGGCUGCACUGCAGACAAUCUGGUCAAGAUCAUCAGAGAUAGAGGGAUUCAUUUUUCUGUGGUGUCGCCACGGAAACUGCCAGCGUUACGGGCGCUGUUCGACAGGGCGUCACCAGUUGGGGGACAGGUCGACCCCCACCCAGACUACAGCCAAGAUCCCUUCCACAUGAUCCUGGUUAGGGGUAUCUCACUUCCUGUGUCAUCAGGGGGAGGAUUGGGCCCUCUCAAACCAAUUCUACCCCCUCAACCCCUGCCUGUCAGUCAGCCUCCUCUUGGUCCCGCCUCGCAGGCUCCUCCACCAAUAAGCACGGCCCAUCCAUAUCAGCCCCCACCUUCCCUUAACGCGGCCCAGGCAGCUGCACAGAUGGCUGUAGAGGCAGCCAACAACCAGAAGAGUCGCUUCCCAGGCAUGGUCAAUCCUGGUCCCCCAUUCAGCGGUCAGUCAACUCUCCCAUCUGUAGCAGGAGUGAAGUUGGCUCCCUCCAGUCAGCCCAGCCUAUCCACAGUCACCAUAGUUUCCACACCCAUGUUGCCUCAGCAACAAGUCCCUCCCCCACAGCAGCAACAAGUCCAGCCGCCAGGACAACCACAGCCCAAUCAGCAGCAGCCGGUGCCCCCUCAGCAGCAGCAGCCCACAGCCAAUCAGCAGACGCCCCCAUCCUCACAGCCUGGCAUGCCAGGUGUGUCUGCAGCCCAGGCAAAUCCGAUUGGGGGGCAGCAGCAAGGCGUUGCCAAUAAGAUUGUAGCAUGGAGUGGGGUACUGGAGUGGCAAGAGAAGCCCAAAGCCUCGUCUAUGGAUUCCAAUACCAAACUCACUCGCUCCCUGCCCUGCCAGGUGCAAGUCAACCAAGGAGAGAACCUAAAUGCCGACCAGUGGCCACAGAAGCUCAUCAUGCAAUUGAUCCCACAACAGCUACUGACAACACUCGGUCCCCUCUUCAGAAACUCUAGAAUGGUUCAGUUUCUCUUCACCAACAAAGAUGUAGAGUCACUAAAAGGUCUUUAUCGUAUCAUGGCCACUGGAUUUGCGGGGUGCGUCCACUUCCCCCACAGCGCCCCCUGUGAGGUGCGGGUGCUCAUGCUGCUCUACUCCUCCAAGAAGAGGAUUUUCAUGGGCCUCAUCCCCAACGACCAGAGUGGCUUCGUCAACGGCAUCCGACAGGUCAUCACCAACCACAAACAGGUCCAGCAGCACCGCUCGUUAGGUUCAGGAGGGCCGAUGCCAGGGCCACCUGGCCAGGUUCAACCCAAUCAGAACUUCCUCAACCGGCCGCAGGGGCCCAUCCCUGUCUCCCAUGGCAACGUGCAGCAGCAGUCUGUGGUGGUGGGCAUGCCCUCUGUUAGUCAGGUCACUCUGAUGGAGGAACAGCAGAGACAGGCCAACCUGGUUAUUGUCUUGCUGAAAGAUGAAUUCCUCGCCCAGUAUCUGUUGGAAAGAAGACAACCAGGUUUUCCUUUAUGAUUUUGAUUGCUUAAAGCUGUAUUCAAUUAAUUUUUAUCCCAAAAAACUCCAUAGUCCUUGCCGAUGACAGGCAUACACAUAACAUGAUGCAGCCACCACCAUGCUGUAAAAUAUGAAGAAUGGUACUCAGUUGUGUUGUAUUUUCCCCAAACAUAACACUUUGUUUUCAGGACAAAAUGUUCAUUUUCUUUGUCACAUUUCAAGUGCCUUGUUGCAAACAUGUUUUGGAAUAUAUUCUGUUGGACAUAAGACUGAAAAAACACCAGCAAAUCAAGUGUUUUUAAUUUUUGAAAUCUCCAAAGUAUUCCAAUGUAUAAUAGAGAGAUAUAUGUGAUUGUGUAUAAAUGUAAGCAAGGUUUGAAAUGAUAAUAUUUUAGUCAAAUAUUAUAUCUGUUUGUGCUUCUUGCGGUCAAUUUGAAGUCUACAAAUGAUUUGUUAUUAUGUUCUGGCCACUGAAGAAAAAAUCGUUCCGCAGCUGAAUGUAGUUUAUGAUCCCUGCUGUACAGGUUUCCGUUCUCCUAUCACAACCAUUCAACUUUUUAACUGUUUUAAAGUCACCGUUGGCCUCAUGGUGAAAUCCCUGAGCAGUUUCCUUCCUCUCCGGCAACUGAGUUAGGAAGGACGCCUGUAUCUUCGUAGUGACUGGGUGUGUUGAUACACCUUCCAAAGCCUAUUUAAUUGGGGCGGCAGGGUAGCCUAGUGGUUAGAGUGUUGGUCUAGUAACCGAAAGGUUGCAAGUUCAAUCCCCAAGCUGACAAGGUUCUGCCCCUGAACAGGCAGUUAACCCACUGUUCCUAGGCCGUCAUUGAAUUUGUUACAUUCUUGCCUAGAUAAAUAAAGGUAAAAUAAAAAAUAACUUCACCAUG